UACAGUGAUUUGAACACUUUCGUGAAAAUAUCCUCAUUUAAUUCUUGAUACUGAAUUAUACAAAACCAUUUCACGAAAAAGCCCAUAUCGAAACCUCAAUUAAAGUCACUGCUGACCAAUCAAGAGUCGAGAGAGGGACAGAGAGAGCACUUCGUGGCAAUUCAAAAACCGACGUGAUUGUCAUUUGUAAGGCAAGGGAGUGGUUUUAUCAAAACCACUGAUUUCCAUGCAUAACUUCCUUUAAGAUCCACACAACAACCACCCCUCAAUCCCACGAGCUCUCUUUCCUUAUUUUGACCGUCCUCUUUGCUAUUUCAUGGCCGAUGUCUCAGGUCCUGAUGAUGUAAAGAGUGGAAUAGUGGGUUUAAAGUGUUAAAAAAGUAAUGCACAAAGACAGCCCACUGAAAGGAAAAGAGAGUAACAGUUCGAUUGCUAUCAUUCACCGCUCUGUAUUUUCCAGUCACUAGUCCCUUUUUUUUUCUUAUUCAUGUAUGAGUAAUAGUUUGUGUUUGUUUUUUUUUAAGGGUUUGUGCUAGUGGGUCUUGUCUGUUUCUAAGGCUUUGAAUUUGAUAUAUUUUUUUUUAUUGACAAAACCUGUUGAAAUAAACUAUUGAAGGCACAAAAUAAAGGAAGAUAGAAGAGAUAGAAGAGAGGGAGCCAGGAGCCAAGAGAGAGGAGAGAAAGAAAGCGAAGUGAGAGGAGAACAAAAGUACAAAACCUUCUUUUGUCAUUGGUGGUGCCUGAGGCAUGCACGUCUGGCCUGUUGAUCAUAACUCUCGGGGGCCUCUUUGCAUGUCUGUUCUAUGAUCUCAGGGAUUCCUGCUGAUGAAUUGAGGUUUAAAGAGCGGGAAAUUCUGGGAAAAAGUGAUUCUCUUUCUUUCUUCCUCGUUUGUUUUGUUUUUUGGUUUUUCAGUUGGUGCUUCGAAAUGGAAGCGAUCACAGUGCUAUAGUGGAAGCAGAGGGGUUCAUGGAUCCUAUUAUUGACUCUGUUCUUUCUUGGUUUACUGAAUAUGACGGUUUUAACUGUACUGGCACCAGUCUUUUGCCUAUCUUUCCCUAGCAUAAACCUUCAAGGAAGCAACGUAUCCAAGAAAUUCUUUCAUAUUUCUGAGCUCGAAGCUGGUCUUGAUCUUAGCCCCUGGAAUCCAUGGAUACUACUGGGUGAAAUCCCAAAUCCUUCCAGUGUGGGAAUAUAGUAUUUGAUUGAGAUGAUAAAAAAGAGAUCAAGAACUGCAACAAGCAAGCAAGCUCUAAUGUCACAGCAUAGCUUAAUCCCAUCUCCAACAGACAAGUUCAGAAAACCGAUUUCAUUUCCGAAAUUGCUCACUGGCUUCACCUUCAAGAAUUUCUCAGAAACAGCAGAGGCAAUUGUGAGCCCAACUUCAAUUCUUGAUAGCAAGCCCUUCUCGGGCCUCAAAAACCCCUUCUGGCAUGACGCUUGCCCCAGUCCUAAAACCGCGGAACCUGAUACCAGGCGCCACUGGGACAAACUAGACUCCAAAGGCAUUGGUCUUGGCAUUGUUGAUGCUCUUGACGAUGAAGAAACUGACUCCAAUUUGUCAAAAGCAGAAAGCAGAAUGGUUCUGUUUGGUUCCCAAUUAAAGAUCCAAAUCCCUCCUUUGCCUCCACCAUUUCUUUCACCAACGGAUCAAUCUCCCAAACUUAACGGUGAUUUUGGUAUCAAAACGAGAAACUCUCAAUUCGGUUCUUUCUCCUCUGGGUUGUCCCCUUCUCCAGUGAAGAAAUCAUUAUGCGGAUCGGCUAAUUCGGGCAUGGACACUCCUAAUUCUCCCCGGGUCUUCACUGGGUGUCUUUCUGCUAGUGAAAUGGAGCUCUCUGAGGAUUAUACUUGUGUAAUCACUCACGGGCCUGUUCCCAAAACUACUCAUAUUUUUGACAAUUGCAUUGUUGAGAGCUGUUGUGGUGCUGUUGGCUUCUCUGCUUCUUCAAGGAAAGACAACAAUAGAUUUUUGGGUGACGGGUUAACAUAUCGAUCUGAUAGUUUCUUAAGCUUCUGCUCUUCUUGCAAGAAGAACCUUGAGCAGGGAAAAGACAACUACAUUUACGGAGGGGGAAGGGCAUUCUGCAGCAAUGAAUGCCGGAACCAGGCGAUGAUGUUAGAGGAGGGAAUAGAUGAAUUGGCUCCAGAUAAUGCUUGUGAACUUGUUCCUGAUGCCAGUUUUCAUAAUUUUGAGUAGUCUUCCUUGCCUGAAAGCUGGACCAACCUAAGAAAUAAACCAACCAGGCAACUACUCUCUCAUCAUAAGGGUAACUUUGUAGGACUAUUACCAAAUUCUUGCUUCAACUCAAGACAGGUGUAAUUGAUAAAAGCGUAAGCAAAGAUAGUAGGUAAUUCAAUGCAAUGCUUGAAUCUGUUUUCAUGUUUUCUCCCUUGUUUUAUCACUUCGUUACUCUGUCCUUGUAGAAAAUAGACAGGGACCCGGAAGCCAAAAUAUGAUCUGUAAAUUUGAUUUUAUUGAAGUGAUGAUUUUGGUGCUUGAUGUUGGGUUUGGCCGCAGGGUUUGGUUUCGAGUUGGUGUGAUGAUGAUGAUGUGUGACUAAAGCUUA